AUCAGUUCUAAACUGUUCUCCCCUAGAGGUCCAGUAGGAGGAAACCUAAACUAAACUAACUUUAUUUAUACUGGAUAGCUCUAUCAGUUCUAAACUGUUCUCCCCUAGAGGUCCAGUAGGAGGAAACCUAAACUAAACUAACUUUAUUUAUACUGGAUAGCUCUAUCAGUUCUAAACUGUUCUCCCCUAGAAGUCCAGUAGGGGGAAACCUAAACUAAACUAACUUUAUUUAUACUGGAUAGCUCUAUCAGUUCUAAACUGUUCUCCCAGAAUGUCCAGUAGAGGAGGAAACCUAAACUAAACUAACUUUAUUUAUACUGGAUAGCUCUAUCAGUUCCAUAGAAAUAAUAGACAUGUCUAUUAUUUCUAUGAUCAGUUCCCAUUAAAUGAAACUCGCAAUGUUGCUCUUGUGCAUCUCUUUUCACUUAGGUGUGUUGACGUUAUUAAAUCACGAUGAGGAAUACGUGUUUACGUUUCCAAAUGCAUAUUGCAGGUAUUAUAAAGUGCUAUUGUCUUGAGAGGUAUUCAUAGACCCUCAAAAAUCCCGUUGAAUCAAAUCCGAAAUUUUGAGAUAUUUAGGGGGAUUCGUAGGGAUUUUUAGGAACUUUAAGGAAUUUUGGGGGAUUUUUUCCAGGUGUAGGAAAUGCAUCUCUCGACUAUCAUUUGUUUUCCCGUAGAUCAAUACUAACUCAUCCAUGGCAUGAGCUUGGUGGGAAAGUGAAUAUUUCAUGUUCUAAGACAGGAUUCAGUUCCUCAAUAACAUUUCAUACCAAACCAAUGUAUGGCGGUAUUCGAGAUCAGAUCACAGGCGAGGUCAAACAUCUACCAAGUGGUCGGGUCGUAUGUAGAAUUAAUGGACAGUGGACGGAAAAAAUAGAAAUGACAUUUCCUGAUAAAGGGGUUGGUUCUUUUUUUUUGGUUUUGUGUCUUGUCAUUCAUUUCUUUCAUCAUUUCGUCAUUGCUUUCUCCUUGUAGUUAUAUUCCAAAUUUUCCAAACAUACCUACAGUGCUUACUUGCAUUAUUUAUUUUCUUCGUCUACUCACCAGCCUACGCAUCUUAUCAUAUACCGCAUACCAUACCAUACCAUACCUUACAAUACCAUAUCAUACCAUACACCUCUGCAUAGCAUACCAUUAAAAUAGCAUAGCAUACCAUACCUUAACAUACCAUACCAUACCCAAUACCAUACUAUACCAUACUAUACCAUGCUAUAAUAUGCCAUCCCAUCUACACCAUAUCAUAUACCAUACCAAAACAUAUCUUACCAUGCAAUGCUAUCCAUACCGUAUCAUACCAUACGAUAACAUUUUCCAUACCUUACCAUGACAUCCCAUCCACACCAUAUUAUAUCAUAUACCAUGCCAAAACAUACCUUUAAACUUUUUCCUUGCAAGAGGUCCGGUAAGGGUCAUCCUUUAUUGAUCGGGUGUUACUAUACAGCCAAUUCAAAAAAGGUUGUCUUUUACAAACCUUAAACAUUUCCACACCUUACCAUGACAUCCCAUUCACGCCAUAUUAUAUCAUAUACCACACCAAAACAUACCUUACCAUACAAUAACAACAUAACGUGACAUACCAUACCUUAUUAUGUAGUAGAGAGUGAGAUCCUGAAAAAUACACGGUGAUAUAUUUUCCAUAUCUAUUACGUGACUUUUAGUACAGUAUUUACACAAUUUUUUGCUUGGGACUAUAUAAUAAACAGAACAUUGCACGGUGGCUUGAAAAUAUGACUUUAUCUUCUCGUGUUAAAAACAAUAUUUUACUCACUCGCUGCGCUUGUUCGUAAAAUAUUGUUUUCACCACUCGAAGAUAAAAGUCGUAUCUUCGCGCCGCCGUGUAAUAUCCUUUAUAUAUCAUACGAUAACAUAUCCUACCACAACAUACCUUAUCGUACCAUACCAUACCAUACCAUAACAAGCCAUACCAUAUCUUACCAUACCUUACGAUACGAUACCAUACCAUACCAUACCAUACCAUACCAAUCACACAAUCUACCUACACUUUCAUGGGUACAUUAAACAUUUCUGGGCUUACUUCAACUCCCACAGUAUUUGCAAAUUAUCAUACCUUGUUAUUCUCAUAACUUAUUCUCUGUAGGUACAACAAGUUAAAGUAAUGGAACCGAACGUAAUGAAAAAGACGUGUAAAAAUCUACGACCUGUAUCAUUACAACACGACAAUGAAUCACGCAAGUAAGACCUAUUCCUGUCUAAUAGUUUUGUUUGUGGAAACACCACGUAAAAAAAUUUACAGGCCUUACCUACAAACAUGUAUAAAAAUAACGCUAAAUGUGCACGUUUGAAACGUAAACAAACGUUGAAGUACUAUUUAAAACAUGAGCAGCAGUGUUUUAUUUGAUAUAAAGAUACGAGGCGAAGCCGAGUAUCUUCAGGUCUGAUAAAAACACUGCGAAUGUUUUAAAUUGCUUCAAAAACGAUCGAUCUAGUAAGUUCAUUGGCGAAGUAAUUUUCAAAAAAUACGUUGUGUAAGUCGAGAAAAUCAAAGUUAAAGUUUAUGCAAAUCAACGCAAAUCUCUAUCGCAUAUAAAGAUAACGACACGCUUGUGAUUUUACUUUGUGUUUUCCUCAUGAAUUAUUAUUGAGUUUUUGAGAAACUUUUGCAGUUGACGGUUGCUUGGAAAUGGUAGUAGUUUGAACUGGAUAUUCAUUCGUUUUUCAGAUUAUGGAAUCAUGUAACAGAGGCGGUGAGACAGGACGAUAUAAAUAAGGCUGCCGAGGAAAAACACAAGGUAGUUUUCUGGAAAUGUAAAUUUCCUGAUUCUCAGAAAUUCCAAUACAAAUAUGUGGUACUAUAUAUAGUAUUACUACUUUUUACUACUUCAUGAUGUCCGAAACGUUUUCCCCUGCAAGAGGUCCAGUAAGGGUUAUCUUUCAUUGAUAUAUAUAUGCUUGAAAGAGCAUCACAAAAUUAGUAGUAUUCCAAAGUUUCGUUGCGAAAUGUUGUAACAUGCGGAUAAUAUAUAGCCCUGCGAAGUUUGCCGUUUUUCAGUCAUUUUAGAUUACAAACGGGAAAUUGAUACCGCUUUCUGAAACGGCAAACUUCGCAAGGCUAUAUUAUCCGCAUUUUACAACAUUUCCCAACGAAACUUUGGGAUAUUACUAAUUUUGUGAUGCUCUUUCAAGCUGUGAUGAAUUUUUUGUCUAGACUUGUCUAGAUCAAAAUUUUGUUCAUUAGUAGGGAAUAGGUCCUCUCUCCUCCGCAGAGGCUUUAGUUUUCUUAGGAUUUAAUAUUACGAUGAGAUACAUUUCACUAGGAAUAUAGGUCCAUUAAAUGCAACGGUAGUGCAUCGUAUGAAACGAAUUAAAUUCGUCUGAUGAAUUAAAUUCGUCCGUUUCAUACGACGUCGUAUCGUGUCUACAUUACGACAGCAUCCAUUCAGAUAAUUGUUGUUCUUACAGCUUGAAGAAAGUCAAAGGUUAGAGGCCAAACAGCGAGAAGAAUCUGGUACGCCAUGGAAAACAAAGGUUUGUUUUCAUUCAAAGGCUUUACCUUUCACAUUUUAUGUUAUCUACCGGGUGCUCCCCCCCCCCCAAAAAAAAAAAAAAAAAAAAACCCAACAAAACUGGACACUGUUAGAUUUCAUGUAACGUAAAAGCUAUAAAAGCUAUCGGAAUGAAAUAAAGAUCAUAGCAUUCAGAAAGGACUAACUUAGAUUUUCAUAUAUAGCACUUGAAUUUACAUGCAAUAUUGAGCGAGAUACAACUGUUUGAAUUUGGAAUGCGUUUUAGGAAUUGGUGAAAACUAGGUAAAAAUUUGCUAAUUAUAACGUUGUUUUAUGCUAAUUUAUGGCAUUUUCAAAAACAGUAGUUCAACGUUCAAACAUCAAUAGCGCAGUCAAUAUUGCAUGUAAAUUCAAGUGCUAUAUAUCAAAAUCUAAGUUAGUCCUUUCUGAAUACAAUGAUCCUUACUUCAUUGUGAUAGCUUUUAUAGCUUUUACAUUUUAUAGCUUUUUAUAGCUUUUCUAUGAUAAUCUAUAUACAAAGAUACCCCGGUUAAGAUACCCCGGUUUCGGUGUACGGGUACGAGUAGUGUCAUCUUGUUUUACUGAUAUCUGUAAUUCGAUCAUACUUUUUCUGUUUUCUUACAAUAGACAAUGAUAUAAUGCGAAAAAUGUGCACCUUAAUUCCGAGUAAAGGUACAGACAUCGACGAAAAUAUUGCUAACCGAAAUCAUGCUACUCGUACCCGUACACCGAAACCGGGGUAUCUUAACCUCUGUAUUCUCUGGUAGCCACUUGAGCGACUAAAUUUAUUUUUUUUAAUUUCGACCCCUCCGUAUGUUCUAUAGUACUUUCUGGCACUCAUAGUUUUUUUGGUUUCACAGUUAUUCCAUGAGCACGGUGAAAAAUGGCUGUACAAUAAUCAUCUGAGCUUGCGAAGAAAACGCUUGCAUAGCGCAUCAAAGAAAAGACAAGAUAAGCCGAAACCCACGUGACCAACGGGUGACAGAAUUUUAGUCCACUAAUUUAAAAUACCAUGAUCAAACCACCAUCGAAUAACCAACUGCGAUAUUUUACUCUUGAUGUGGGGUAGCCUGCGUGACAGGCCUUCAGUUUUAUGGGGCUGAUUUGCAACGGGCAGGAUUUUGGCGGGCACGGGGGAGGAUUAAAUCCUCCCCUGCCCGCCAAAAUCCUGCUCGCUGCAAAUCAGCCCCCCCCCCCAUAAAAUUGAGGGCCUGCCACGCAGGCUAGACGUGGGGUUGCUAAUUUUUAGACAGCGAGCUCUAUAAUAUUUUAGAAGGGUUUUGUAAAUGGAUAUUUGUACAUUUAUUAGGGACCGCUGUCAUCAUUUAUGGCGAGGGGUGGCACCGAAGGGUUGGGUAAACAACAUUUUGAGUGAGUAAAAGGUUGGGUAAAUGAAAAGCAAAAUAACUAAGGGUUGGGUAAUAAAAACUUAUCGUCAUUUGCAAAGCAUGACUCGCUCAAAUAUUGCAGAUUAAAAACUAAUUUAUUUUUUUUUAUCCGGUGUGGAUAUACACUCAGAGUAACAUCAAAACAUAAAAAAAACCCAAUUUGUUUAUGUCAACACAAUAUGUAAAUCAAUCAAUCAGAGUCACUAUAUAUCUUGAUAAUUUUCCGAUUUGCCAGAAGGCAAAUGGUGUUUCCAAAUAAAGUACAUGUGCAGACAACAUGAAACUUUACACUGCAGAAAAUUGCACAAGCAGUUAUCAAAGUAAAGGACAAUUUGUGAUAACUGAAUGGUAUCCUUUCGUAAAGUUUUUGGCCAGGAAUGUGUAUUUAUGUUUUAAUUGAUAUUCAAUGUUCAUUAAAAAAGAUGUUUAAUUUUUAAUGGUUGGUCGGCAAGAUUUAGCAAGAAACACAUUUUUCUUCGGUGCCACCCAAGGUUUGGUUUAAUAAAUUUAUAAAAUUCACACUGGAAAUUUCCAUAUCUGAAAAACCCUUCUACAAAUUAGUUUUAUCGAGCGACGUGCCCAAACUGAUCCUGGUAUCAGCUCUACAGUAGAAUAUAUCUGGAUUUUCGGUUUUGAACGCAUCGCAAAUAUGUGACAUUGAAAAAAAUUGCCUCUUAAUAUGUUCACUUAUUGAAAUUCAUAUAGCAGUGUUUGAAGCAAAUUUUAUCCUCCAGUUUUGAGUUGGGACUUGGGGUUAGGGGAUAUAUUGGGGAUGUAGGGUUAUAAGAUUGGAAGAUCAAAGACAAAGAAAAGAAAAUACUGUAUUCAUUCAUUCAUUCACGAAACAUAACGAUAUUACCAGGACAAGGCCGUCGGAAGUAAAUUAAUAUUGGGGGAGGGGGCUCAAGAAUAAAUCUGAAUUGCUUUCGCUCUUCUUUUUUGUGUUUUGCUUACACAAUUAUACAAAUGGAAAUUAUUGCCCCCCCC